UAUACAAAAAAAAUACAUUCGUUUCCUCAGUUGCAUGAUAUCAGAAACAAAGCUACUUAAGAAAUGGAGAAUUUUCCAUCGGAUUCUGACCUGAGAAAUCUGGUGAGAGAGCUGUCUCAGGGGAAAGAGAUGGCGAUGCAGCUGCAAAAUCAUCUGAAUUUGCAGUCAUCUUCUUCACAUGAGAGCCGCGAGUUUUUGCUUCAGAGAAUAAUGUAUUCCUACGAUCAGGCGCUCUCCAUGCUCACGCGCAACGACCCUGCUGCUGCUGCUCGUAGUGAACCACCGCUGCUGCAGCCGAUGCCGGAGUCUCCUUUGCCAGUCGCUGGAAGCCCACUCAGUGAUGACUCCGAUCAGGAUUUCACGGAUCCCGCUUCUAGGAAAAGAAAGGCGGGUGCCAGGUGGACUCGAAAGGUGAAAGUGGGGUCAGAAGCCGGGAUUGAAGGACAACUGGAUGAUGGCUAUGGUUGGAGGAAGUACGGACAGAAAGAGAUCCUGGGAGCUAAACAUCCCAGAGGGUACUACAGAUGCACCUUUAGACAUGCCCACGGAUGUUUGGCUACAAAGCAAGUUCAAAAAUCAGACGAAGAUCCCACAAUUUUUGAGAUCACCUAUAGGAGAAAGCACACGUGCAAUCGUGCCCCUAAUAACCCGUCCGCAUCCAUGCCCGUACCCGGUCUAGAAAGUGAAGAUCCGAAUCCGUUAACCCAAAACCCACCCUUUAACAUCCAAACAAGCCUCAAUCCCCUAAACAGUUUCUCUUCAUCCUCACCAAUUAACAAUAAUGUUUUUUUGGGAAAUUAUUACCCGAAUCCGACCAAUGAUUUGAAUGGUGAUUAUGGAGAAUUAAUUCCAAACUUGGGCCACUCCCAAUCCGAACUCACUCCAAUAAUUGCAGCCAUGACCAAUUCCGCCACUCUUGACACGGACCUCCCGUUUGGACCAUCUGGAUUCGGGUCGGGUUUCGACUUUGGUAACCCGGGCCAUUAUCCAUAGUAGAUGCAUGCCCUUCAUUUCUAAUUUUGUACGAGGAUAGUUGAGUUAAAUAAGGCCCGCUAGUUAGGCCUAGAUUUGUUGUUAGCAUUUGGUUAGUUUGACUGGUUAAACUUCUACUCCAUUUUUUGUAUGAUUUACAUUAAUCCAUGAUACUUUGUUAAAGAAUAAAGAGAGUCUCUAAAUAUUUUAGCUUUA